AUGUGGACACUGGUGAUCGCCCUGUCGGCAGUGCUGGCCACUGGUUCGGCACAGUCCGCCACUUACAGAUUCCCGGACGGUUUCUUCCUGGGUGCCUCCACGUCUGCCUAUCAGGUAGAAGGCGCCUGGAAUGAGGACGGUAAGGGAGAAAGUAUCCAGGACAACUUCUUUCACAACCAUCCGGAAUACACAUCGGGGGAUACAGGAGACGUCGCUUGUGAUUCUUACCACAAGUACAAGGAGGAUGUGCAAAUGCUGAAGGACAUAAACGCGGACGUGUACCGAUUCUCGAUAUCCUGGGCACGUGUCCUGCCAACUGGGGACCUUGACGUCAUCAACCAGGCUGGCAUCGACUACUACAACAAUCUCAUCAACGAGCUGCUCGCGAACGGAAUCCAGCCUCUGGUGACGAUCUAUCACUGGGACAUGCCUCAAUCGCUGCAGUACCUUGGUGGUUGGCCCAACGAGUUGAUUGUCGAUUAUUUUGUGGAGCACGCCAGGAUACUUUUCGAAAACUUUGGGGACAGGGUGAAGUGGUGGACGACGUUCAACGAGCCGGCUGUCUUCCUGAGAGGGUACGCAAGCGCCAAUAUUGCUCCCGGACAGAACGCUUCUGGAAUAGGCGACUACCUGGCGACUCACGCAAUGCUCAAGGCGCAUGCGCGUGUUUGGCACCUGUACGACGAACAGUACAGGGCUACGCAGAACGGUAGCGUGGGAAUCACAUUUAGUUUCGGCCUUGAGCCCCUUACUAAUUCUACGGAGGACGCAGAAGCUGCCGAGAGAGCACGUCAGUUCGAUAUGGGCAUUUACGCUCACCCCAUCUACAGUGCGGAAGGGGACUACCCGGCUGUGGUGAGAGAGAGGGUGGACGCCAACAGCGCAGCAGAGGGGAGACCGAGGUCCAGGCUGCCGUCCUUCACACAGGAAGAGGUCCAGUACAUCAGGGGAUCGGCUGACUUUAUUGGAGUGAAUCACUACCAAACAGAUUACGUGACGUCAGGCGUGACUGGUAUAUCGCCGUCCAAAACCCGCGACUCCGGCGUCAUCACUUCCGUUUCUAGAAUAGAUUCCUCGGGAUUUCGAAGAUCAUUGAACUGGAUUGCUAACGAAUAUCCGGGAUACCCGAUUAUUAUAACAGAGAAUGGUCUGAAAGAUUUUGGUGGCCGUAACGACGUUACCAGGAUAAAUUACUUUGCGGAUUUUCUGGGAGCCCUCCUGGAAGCGGUGAACCUAGACGGUGUUCCAGUGAUCGGGUACACAUUAUGGUCUCUCAUGGACGUCCUGGAAUGGGAUUCAGGAUUCACGGCGAAGUUUGGAGUCUACGAGGUGGAUUUUAGCAGUCCAAACAGAACGAGGACGCCCAAGGAUUCGGCGGCAUUUAUAGCGGAAGUCUAUGGCAGCAGGCAGCUUCCGGAGCAGUAUCGUCUAUAA